AACCCCAUCCGGAAGUGGGUGGUGGUACUGCACGGUGGAGUCAUCAUCGUCAGCCCAGUGGUCACAUCGCCGUCGACAUACAGUUCCAUCUGGGAUGACGCUCGCCGCUGUUGGAGCGAGAUUAUUUCACGUCUGAUUCAGGUCCCAGGGACAUCUAGAAACGCCUAUAUAGUGGACUUGAAUUCAAUUGUUUAAAGGAGGAUGAUGGAGGAGAUCGACAGAUUCCAAGUGCCCAAUGCUGUGCAGGAGGCGGAGAUGCAGCCGCUGGACCCGGCCUCCUCCACGGCGUCAGAGGCUGAUUCGGACACCAGAGAGGGGGAACAGGUCACAAUUAACUACAAGCCAUCUCCUCUGCAGAUGAAAAUCGAGAAACAAAGAGAACUGGCCAGGAAGGGCUCGUUGAAGAACAGCAACACCGUCGGCAGUCCGGUCAAUCAGCAGCCCAAGAAGAACAACGUCAUGGCCAGAACACGAUUGGUAGUGCCCAAUAAAGGCUAUUCCUCGUUAGACCAGAGUCCAGAUGAAAAGCCCUUGGUUGCUUUAGACACAGACAGUGAUGACGACUUUGACAUGUCAAGAUACUCUUCGUCAGGCUACUCCUCUGCUGAGCAAAUCAACCAAGAUCUCAACAUCCAGCUGCUGAAGGACGGUUACCGUUUGGAUGAGAUACCGGAUGAUGAGGACCUGGAUCUGAUCCCGCCCAAAUCAGUCAACCCCACCUGCAUGUGCUGCCAGGCAACCCCCUCCUCUACCACCUGUCAAGUCCAGUAACCCUACCCUGUUGUAACCCUUCCCCUCUUUUCUCCACAAAGCGUAACCCCGAUAUUCAUCUGCUGAGUUUGCAUUGCUGUCAAGUAGGGUUGGGUAUCGUUUACAUAUUAUGAUAUUUAAGAAAAGGAAAUCAUACAAAUUAUGUCACAUUUUUAAAGAUAUUAUGUGGCAUGCAAGUUGAGCAGAAUAGUCAUUUGAACACUUUAAUAUAAAUAAAAUUACUAGGGGUGCACGAUAAUUACUGGACAGAUAAUAUGAGUAAUUAUAACAUCAUAUUAAUAAAUCAGAUAACAUUAAAAAAAUAGCUCUGAACUGAUAAAAAGAUAAAACUCUAGUUACUCUAGGUGGGUUAGAGUGAGCAAAUCAAGUGUUCCUUUUCGGUCACGUUCUGCAUACGGCCUGUCGUAACUUCCCCUCAGCUCAUUUGUAAAUAAACAUGGCGUCAAUCAUGUGGGGCUUGUCACUGUUUCAAAGGAAGACAUUUCGCCAAAAUGUUCUGCAAACAUUGAGCUUUGACACAUCAAACCUGAUCAGCCACCUGAAACGCUAGCAUCACUACGACAUAAAUGGGCCAGGGGCUUGUUCCUAUCGCUGUGGCAUUUGAAAAGUGUAAAAGGUUGCUGAAGGUACCAGCUUUUGGCAGAUAGUAAAGACCUGGCACUUUUUUAUGUGUUGCUAAUACUAAUUAGAAAAAAAAUCGACAGGUACAUUUUGCAAAAUCCAAAUUUGAGUCGUUCUUACCUCCAAGUGUGCACAAACUACAGUUCAAUCUAAAUUCAUUCAUUCAUUUUCUACCGCUUAUCCUCACGAGGGUUGCUGAGCGUGCUGGAGCCUAUCCCAGCUGUUUUCGGGUGAGAGGCGGGGUACACCCUGGACUGGUCGCCAGGCAAUCACAGGGCACAUAUAGACAAACAACCAUUCACACUCACAUUCAUACCUAUGGACAGUUUGGAGUUGCCAAUUAACCUAGCAUGUUUUUGGAACGUGGGAGGAAACCGGAGUACCCGCUAACCACUCGAAAACCACUUGAAAAAGUAAUAUCUAUAAAAUGUUGGUUAUCUGUAUCAGUCUUGAGAAGCACCAAGUUAUUAGUAUCAGAAAAGAAAUAUCGUGCAUCCCUAAAUAUUGUUUUUAAUAUUACAGUAUUAUAUAUUAAUUGAGCAGAAUUAAGUCAUUACGAGACAUUGCACAACAUCACAACAUCAAGCAUUUGUUGCAGUUGGCAUCAAGCGUAACACCAUCAAGACAGUUGAAUUGGCAGUAACUAUACCGCAUUUUAGUGGCAGGAAAUUUACCACUGAAAUGAGGCACCAAUAUCUACUUAGUUUCCAGUCUGGUUACUAUGAUUUACAUCGGCACCAGUACCAUUCUGGUACCAAAUUUCGGUACCCAUCCCUACUGUCAAAAGUGUCAGCAGUGAGGCCCUGGUAGAGAAUAUAGUACUGACUAAUAUCUGUGAUGAUGGGAAUGACAAAUCCAUAAGUUACACGACGGUUUUGCUUAAAACUACAGUACGUGUAGGAAUACAUGAAAAUAGUCAUAUAUAUUUGAAUGAUGGUGGUUUCCUCCUAUGGUAGGACAUGUACUUUGACUGAACACAAUGUAAAAAGGACGAUAUUUGCUGACUCUGCUGCUCUGCUUACCUGAAGUCUGGUUUACAUUUUUAACUUGUGUUGUUUUUUUACAUUUUUAGUUUAAACUGUUGUGUCUGAGAGAGGCAAAACACUGCAGUCUUGGCGUUCCAAGUGCUGUUGAUACUGUACUGUACAAGGAUGUGAUGUAGCACAGGCCAGGUUGCACUCACCCGCUAUCCUCGCACCUGUUUUGUCCCACUGACUUUGAACGUUUCAUGAAAGAGAAGGAUUAAAUGUAUUAAAUAACAUGGACAAAUGGUCACUGGUCUAGCUAUGUGAAAAGGGAAGUUAAAAAUUACAAUUUGCACAUUUGAUUUCUACCCUUUCUAGCAUGUUGUGGCUCCGUGUUGUAUUAUUUAAAUUUUCUAUUUAUUUUCACCAUUUUAGGCCUUUUCUUGCACAGUAUCAACACUGAUUUGCCAGAGAUAAACUAUUUAAACAAGGAAUAUUGUCAAUAGAAUUGAGACCAAAGGACCAGGACGGAGUCUUUUGUGUCAUUCUAACCUUUAAAGGUUUGUUAUUAUAUAUUUUAUAGCACCCCUCACCGGUCUGAAACACAGGAAGGAUUUGGCUCCUGUUUUUGCACACACAUUAUGCAUGCACAAAAACCUACUAAGUGAAUAGUUGAUGGGGAACAGAUGGAUUUGGAGCUCAAUUUUCUGCCCUAGCUCCCAAAUUAACUGAUCAUUUGCAGUUAGCGUUGCCUUAAGUAGAGACAAGUUAACAGGUUGUGUUCUUUAUUGCCAUAAUGAUGGGCAUAACUAACUUGAAAUUAUUUUAUUUUGACCUAAAAAAAUGUUUUGGUUUUGUUUUUUAAUUAAUCAUGUUUGUACUGUAAACACAUGCAUUAAGGUAUUUAACAUUGUUAUUGUUAUGUGCGGUGUAUGAAAACAUUAAAUAAACACACAAGCUAAUGGAAAAAUGUUUGUCACUG